CGGCACUUGACAUUUGCAGCCGGCAUUCGAUAUUAAGCUGGGGAAUAUGUGGAGGAGACAUAUAAAUCGCUCCUCUGUACUUUAUCUUGAGCGUUGUGGUGCCGCAAGUUCAGGUCAGUUUUUCAUCUAGGAGCGUAGCCAUGCAUCUCCUAUCGUCGCUCUGGCUCCUUGCAGCCACCGCUGAGGCUCACUACCGCUUCUCAAGGAUUGUAGUGAAUGGGGUAGCCGAAACCAAAGAGUGGACCGCCGUCCGCCAAACCAAGAACUACCAGUCGAACGCGGGUGUUACAGAUGUCAACAGCCCUGAUAUGAGAUGCUUCCAGAUGCGCCCCGGCACCAGUACAGCCACCAUUGCAGCUGGAGAGACACUGGGCUUCAUUGCUGCCUCUUCGGUAUCCCACUUCGGCCCGGUUCAGUUCUACAUGGCCAAGGUGCCUGAGAGCGCAGAUAUCAAUACAUGGGAGCCCGCAGGGAACGUAUGGUUCAAGGCGGCAAAGAUAGAUGCGGUAAAGGGUGCAGGUGGCUACACCAGUGGUCCGGAUACAUGGCCUGCUUACCAGAAGCAACAAGUCGAGUUCCAGAUCCCUAAAAACGUACCGUCAGGUAAAUAUCUCGUUCGCGUUGAGAGCAUCGCUCUGCACCAAGCAUCCAACCCAGGCGGGGCCCAGAUCUAUCUGUCGUGCGCGCAGAUCAAUGUUACCGGUGGCGGCAAUGGUACGCCUGGGCCUCUCGUGGCGUUCCCGGGCGCUUACAAGAGCAAUGAUCCUGGCCUGAUUUGGAGCUACUAUCCAGUCAAGACGAGUUAUACGGCGCCUGGUCCUGCGGUGUGGUCCGGCUGA